GGCUUUGUGCCACACGCGGUUCCCGCCGGGGCCGUUCCCCGCUCCCGGCGGAGGCGGCGGGCGGCUCCCGCGGCGAGGGACCGGGGGCCUUGUGCUGCACUGCGCGUGCGCGGCAAGGCGGCCAAUCGGCGGGCGGCGUGCUCGCGGCCCCGGCCAAUGGCGGUGCGCCUCAGUGCCGCGCGCCGUUGCUAAGGGCAGCGGCGGGCGGGGGCCCAUAGCAACGGCGGGGCCGCGAUGGACGGAGCGGGGGAACCGGGCGGUCCCGCCGGCCGCAGGUGAGCGGGGCUUGGGGCGGCGGCGGCCGCGUCCCCGGGACCGAACAGGCCUGGGCAGGGGCUGCCUCGUGCGGCCGCAGCGGGGCCCGGGCGGGCGGAGCCCCACGGCAGCGGCCACGCGGAUCGGCGCUGCCGCGGUAACACCCGCGUCCCGCAGGCGGGCGACAGCCGUACUGCUGUUUUAUGUGCGGGUGUUUUUAAGUGCUUCAUUCUUUAACGUUGGUGUGCAUCGUCUGAAUACUUGUGGAUUAAACCGGUUUUGAGGUGCCUCAGUCCACUCUUGCUUUCUAGGCGCUACUGUGAAGCGUUUUCGCGGUGUUAUUUAGCCCCUGUGUUCCUCCUAAUGAAGCUCGCUGGGUAUUUGCAAAUAUCACUCACGGUGUGCCUUUGCAAGACAAAAAAAGGAGGAAUGACUGUAAUGAACUCAACUGAUGCAAUAGGAAAAACAGCUGUGAACUAUGGAGAAGCGGUUUUGGAAAGACUUUAUGCUUGUGGCACUUAAGUAGCUCAGAAUCGAAAUUAUUUGAAAUUAAAUCAUCUUUGAGGAUGAAAGCAUGAAACUGCGACAGCUGAAACUACAGAAUCAGAGAGCACUUCUAGAGAAGAAGCAGAGGAAGAAACGUCUCGAUCCAUUGAUGGUACAGCCAAAUCCUGAGGCCAAGCAGCGCAGGUCUAAGCCCAAAGGGUGUGAGGAGCAGACUCCUUUGGUAGAAACUCCUACUCCUGUCCACAGUGAUGUUGUUUUACAUGGCAUUGAUGGACCAGCUGCUUUCCUGAAAUCAGAAGUGCAGGAUUUGGGGACCAAGCUCCAAACUCUGUCUGUUGGAUCUGCCAAACCAGAAGACAGUGCAGAUAAGGAAAAUGAUGGAGAGGCUGUGACAGACACAGCAAGCAAGCCAGAUUUGCAAGAAAUAUUACAGAAACGAGGAAUUUCAGGCAGUUUGAAUUUUGAUGAGGAGGACACUGAAGAGGAAGAAGCUAGUAAGAGACCAGUAUCUCAUUCUCCAUGCCCUGAAUCUGAGAGACCUAGUUCUGCAUCCAGUGAGAAGUCUUUUGCAGAAACAGGUGCUUCCUGCAGUCCAUCCCCUCAGGCAGAUGCACAGCUGGGAGAAGUAGACAACUUGGAGGAUUUUGCAUUGCGCCCUGCACCCCGUGGAAUUAGUGUCAAGUGUCGAAUCACUAGAGAUAAAAAGGGAAUGGACCGGGGGCUCUUCCCUACCUACUACAUGCAUCUGGAAAGGGAUGAUAACAAAAAGACAUUCCUUCUUGCGGGGAGAAAAAGAAAGAAGAGCAAAACAUCCAAUUACCUCAUAUCAGUUGACCCAACUGAUUUAUCUCGGAAAGGGGAAAGUUUCAUUGGAAAACUCAGGUCAAACCUCAUGGGAACCAAAUUUACAGUCUACGAUCAUGGUGUUAACCCAGUCAAGGCACAAAGUCUAGUGGAAAAGGCUCAUACAAGACAGGAGCUCGCAGCUAUUUGUUAUGAAACAAAUAUCUUAGGAUUUAAGGGCCCCAGAAAAAUGUCUGUGAUCAUUCCGGGAAUGAACAUGAAUCAUAAGCGAAUUCCAAUCCGUCCACGAAAUGAGCAUGAGGGUCUGCUGUCAAAAUGGCAAAACAAAAAUUUAGAGAACCUCAUUGAGUUGCACAACAAAGCUCCAGUCUGGAAUGAUGAUACUCAAUCCUAUGUUUUGAACUUCCAUGGGAGGGUCACUCAGGCCUCAGUGAAGAACUUUCAGAUUGUCCAUGACAAUGACCCUGACUACAUCGUGAUGCAGUUUGGUCGUGUAGCAGAAGAUGUGUUCACUCUGGACUAUAAUUACCCUCUCUGUGCUCUUCAGGCCUUUGCUAUUGGACUCUCCAGCUUUGAUAGUAAAUUGGUCUGUGAGUGAGGGACAACAGACAUGAAACAUAGAACUCACUCCCACCCCUACAUCUUGUAAGAGUUCCAGGUAUAGCUGUGAAGAGCAUAUUGGAAGGGAAAUGGAGGACAGACUUCUACAGGCUUAUUAGGAAACUGAUUCCAGCCUUCAGAGCAUUGUGGAGUUGACAGCAGACCACCUUGGGAACAGCCUCUGUAUGGAUUCUGGAAGAACAAGAAAUCUAGGUGAUGUUGCUGUUACUUGUGUUGAUUCUGCUUUUAGAAUCCUUGUUUACAGAUGCUGCAUGAGAAUGGGCUAAGCCAAAUUACUGGAACUCCUUGCAGCUAGAAUUAGAAAAAUAGUGGCUAAAUGUUCAUUUCCUUGAAGCUUCCACAAAGCCUGAGAGGUGAUGCUACUCAAGAGCUCCUAAUCAGAUUAAUUCAGAAAAAAGAACAGCUGGAAUAAGACAUUGGCUCUAAUACAACACUUUUGCUCUGUGGAAUGUUUGUCUGCUAAGAUUGAUACUCCAUUUCCCUUGCAGUAUUCUAAUUUCUUCUAUCCCUUGACAGUCUUUUCACCAAAUGAAGAACAGUCAAAUCUCAAACACUCCCUUUUCAGUGGGUGAUAUAUUCAUUGCUACUCCUGUUACUUCUAAUCAUGUGAAAAAUGAGACUGAAUAGAUGAUAGAAUCUGGCUGAAUUUGGCAGAAGAUAGUAUUGUAACAAUAUACAGUACUGCUUCUGAAAAGCAGUGUUCUGAUUGGUUGAAUCUAGGCUGUAAACUGAUAAUAAAUAUUUUUUAAUUUCACCAUUGUUCAUGAAAUUUGCUACAUUUUUAGGUAUAAGUUUGUGACCAAUUUUAUUUUUUUUUUAACGUGAGAUUAUCUCAAGGCAUGAUAUAUUAAAGUAGAUUUUGUAUAAAUAAUUUUAACCUGAAAAUAAGGAGGAGUUACCUCAAAAAGAGAUUACAGAUAUUUUCAAAGGCAUCAGUGAGUUUAAUGUAAUUCUACUACACAGCUUUACAAUGUGUCCUUCCAAUGUUCCAUUUUUAUUACUGGAUGUACAGUAUGGAGACUGUCACAGCAUGGAGCAUUUGAUUCAUGUGGCCUUAACUCACCAGAGUGGAUUGCAGCACGGUGUGGCCUGGAGGCCUCAGUGCACACAUCUGUGUACGGAAACAGAGAACAGUUACUGUCUUGCCUGCUUCUUGCCUAUUACACAUAUUCAUGAUGGUUUGGAGAACUGUCCCCCGACUGAGACAAGAAUUAGGUGUUCUUCAGCUUUGGAUAUUGUCCUUGUCAGCAGACUAACUCUGUUUCAACCUGCAAAGAGCAGAUAUAUUGCCUUUGGUCUCGGGAGUCUUUGCAGCGGUAGAUAUCACUUGCCUUUCAAAUUAAUAAAACUUUGUGAAGACGUUUUCUGAUAUUGCCAGAAAGAAUAAAGGUCAUAAUCACAAAGCAAAUGCUGUAUUUAACUGUAAAAUAUGAAUUGAGGAUGAGAAGUCCAGCUAUAGUAUCUUUCAGAUGAUCAUUUUUCAGUAGCAGCUGAGAUGUUUUCUUGAGAUGAUCUUACCAGAAAAGCAGUCUGUGAAGAGAACUUGAAUGCUGAUGGAUCUGCUUGGUGCCUUCCUACUCAGGCUGAGGAUGAUAUCUGGCAGUGGUUUCCAACUGUGCUCUUCUGAAGAUGAACUGAUUCAGUGGUCUUUAUCAGAUACUGUUUUACAUUAAUUGUAUUUAUAACUUUUAUAUCUAAAUGAAAAUAAACUAAUUUAUAUAUUGAAAAGUC